CUAUUUUUAAUCUAUGUUUAACACUUGUUUUAAUCAGUAAAAAUCGAUGUAAAAACGAGUUAUUACGGUUUUGUCUGUUUUUUACCACCAGGGGGCGUCCGUGCGUCACAUAACGUGCCUACGUCAUCAACGUGCGCCGUCAGUCGGUGUUUUGCAGAAGCUGCUCCGGAAUGUUUUUUGUUUUCCGGCAGAAACGGAGAUAAAUGUGAGUUUGUGGAGGAUCUGAAACGUCUGUCGGACUUUCUGUGGGUUUUUAACAGUUUGUUUGUUUUAAUUUGAAGCCGCUGCCGGAAGGAGAAAUCAGCUGUUCGAGCUGAGUUUGUCCACGUGGUAGUUUUUAGAUUAUUUUAUAGUUUUAUAGUGGAGAAAAACAGACAGAAAACAUGACGGGAGGCAGAAAGAAGAACGGAAUCCCGGACCGGUGGUUGGAUUACUCAGCGGUUGGAAAACGACUUCACGGGACUCGAUUCAUCGCCUUCAAAGUUCCUCUGAAGCAGGCCUUGAACCGGCAGCUCUCCCCCUCAGACGUCUUCGGUCACUGGGAUCUUCUGGACGCUUUGCAGAAACAGAACCAGGAACUGGGUUUGAUCAUCGACCUGACGUUCACCAGCAGAUACUACAGACUGACGGACGUUCCUCAGUCUCUGCUCUGUGUGAAGAUCUUCACGGCCGGACACGAAGUUCCGAACGAUGAAACCAUCCUGAGCUUCAAACGAAGCGUCCAGAAGUUCCUCCGAGAAAACCAGGACAACGAUAAGCUGAUUGGAGUUCACUGCACCCACGGCCUGAACAGAACCGGUUACCUGAUCUGCAGGUACCUGAUCGACGUGGACGGGAUGGAUCCCAGCGAGGCGCUGCAGCUGUUCAACUCGUCUCGAGGUCACGACAUGGAGAGAGAGAAUUACCUGGAAGACCUGCAGCGAGGACCGAGGAGGAGUAAUGAUGGGAUGGAGGAACUGGACCAGGAGCCUCAGAGAGGACAGGCUCUUCAUCCUCCAUGUCUGACGUCAUCUGACGGCCGAGACGAGAGAAGAACUCAUUCUAACGACGACUGGAGCCAACGAUCUUUUCCUCCCAGAGGUCCGGUCCAUCGUCCUCAUCACCGCCUCCCCUCUCCUUACUCCCCGUCCCGGUACCGCUGGACCCGACCGGACAUCCUCAGGUCCAGAUACGAGCCUCCAGAGAACCCCAGGUCCAGAUACGAGCCUCCAGAGAACCCCAGGUCCAGAUAUGAUCCUCCAGAGAACCUCAGGUCCAGAUACGAUCCUCCAGAGAACCUCAGACCCAGAUACGAUCCUCCAGAGAACCUCAGGUCCAGAUACGAUCCUUCAGAGAACCUCAGGUCCAGAUACGAGCCUCCAGAGAACCCCAGGUCCAGAUAUGAUCCUCCAGAGAACCUCAGGUCCAGAUACGAUCCUUCAGAGAACCUCAGGUCCAGAUACGAGCCUCCAGAGAACCCCAGGUCCAGAUAUGAUCCUCCAGAGAACCUCAGGUCCAGAUACGAUCCUUCAGAGAACCUCAGGUCCAGAUACGAGCCUCCAGAGAACCCCAGGUCCAGAUAUGAUCCUCCAGAGAACCUCAGGUCCAGAUACGAUCCUUCAGAGAACCUCAGGUCCAGAUACAAUCCUCCACCUCCUCCUCCCCUCCCCCAGUACUUCCCCCGGUGGGACCACGGAGAACCUGAAGAGUUCUGGGAGCCCAAACUGAGCCCUAGAACUCAGAACGGACAUAGAACCAUCGGAUACGACCACUGAGGUUCUGGAAAGUCUCACAGAACUAACAGAACUUUUAAUAUUAUCGUUUAAAAUAAAAGAGAACUUUGUUAGAACUCUGAUUCUUGUUCAAUAAAUAAAAGAGUAAAACCCGUUUA